GGAGGGGAGAGGAGAGGAAUAAAAACCUCAGCAGUCAGUCAGAGAGGUGUGGGACCAGGACCAGGAAAGACGCACACACACACACACACACACACACACACACACACACGUGGAGGAAAGAAACGGAGCUCCACUUCUAAAGGAGGGAUAUUAAAGAAAUAACCCGGAAUCACAACGAGAAGUCAGUGUAAUGAGGGGGCAGAGACACAGCAAUGGUCCCGGAGGAGCCAAAUAGGUGACUGGAAAGAAAACGCGUCUUUGUUAUCUUCUGCCCAUUGAUUAAGAUAAAUUAACCAGCAGCCCCGGAGAGUGGGAGAGAAGAAGGAUUCAUGGAAAACCCCUGGAGGAGGAGGUGGAGGACGCAGGCGGUGCGAUGGAAGUUGCUGAGGAACUCGCUGCUACUUUGUUUACUCACCGGCGGCAGUGAAGCCCAGUGUGAAGGCUGCAUGGAGUACUGCUGCGAUGGAUCGCCACCUUUCUGCUGCUCCUACUACGCCUACGUCGGGGACGUCCUCUCGGGCACUGCCAUCUCGGGCAUCGUGUUCGGCGUGGUGUUUCUGAUGGGGGCGGUGGCGGCCCUGUUCCUGUGCGUGUGCAUGUGCAUGAAGAACGGACGCAGCGCUCGGGUCGACGUGUUCAGAACCUCCUACAUCAACACUGUGACCCAGGGCUACCCAGGUCCUCCACCUCCCUACACCUACGACUACGAGAUGUACCCUCCAUCGCUGCACCCCCCGCCUUACACCCCAACUCAGCCCCAGCCGGCCAACUACUCGCCGCCUCCUCCGUACCCGGGCUGCACCCGCAAGUGAAGCCCUGCAGCACGGAUCACCUACAGGCCAGCUCACAGGAAGCUGUCAUGGGGGGGGUGUUAAAGACAAUUUUCAGGGUGGCCCAGUGCAAUAUUGUUCAGCAAGCCAGAAUUCCCAGCUAUGUGCCUGCAAGGUGUAAAAUGUCCCUGCAUUUCUGCUGGAGUCUGGAGCAAAUGGUGGGGAAAUGAAUGAUAAUUCCAACACUGUCGCUCAGGACUGCCCCACAUUCUGAUAGACUAAAGCCUGAGGCCGGUACUGAUAAACCAAUAUUCUUAUCCGUCCCUGACUGUGCACAUCAAAGGCCCGGCGCCGCUUUGAUGGAGGUGAAGACCACUUUUGUCAGCAUAGAGGGGAACCUCGCGUCGCUGGAGGAGAAAAGUAUUUCUAGGACACUGUGUGGACUCUGCUUUUAUGGAAAUGUACCUUUUUUUUUUUUAAAUCUUGAUUUAUGUCAGUGACUGAGGUGGAUGUGGAUGAUUAAAGAUGUUUCAAACAAUUCAGGUCUGGCCCUGUCAUGUGUGGACACAAAGAGAUAAUGACUAAUGCUGACUUUGAAAGGAAUGGGUUGUUACAGUCUAUGGUUGUGUUUUUUUUUAUGGCCUUAAUUGAAACAAUGUGAGGGUGAAAACUGAAGAUGGGAUCACAUCAUAUGCAUUUGAAAAUGUGUUUUCUUAUUUUUUUUGUUGCCAGCUUUUUUUUUUAAUUGUGAAGCAUUCAUAAUUUUGAAUUGCAGUUGUAGGCUAAUUAAGGUGUGUAAAUGAGAGUGAAUUGAUCUCACUGUGCUAUGGCUGAUACAUGUGAUGGAAGACUGUGAAUGAUGGAAAGGGGUUCAACUGUAAUAACUUGAUUA